UUUAGUACAUCCCCUCCAGAGGAGAGCUGCAUCUGAAGAAGAGGACUGUGAUUCUCAAAAGGAGAGAGAGAGAUGGAGUGGUCAUUUAACUGGAAACAUGUUUGUGACCUGUUGUUGCAAAUCUAAAGGGAAAGCAGAAAACGAAAUACACGGCAAGAAAAUUAACAUUGUGUCCUGAAGUAUCAAAUACUCUUACACAUCUCUACGUAGGAAAUCAUAUGAGGAAACGUGCUGGCUAAUUCCAGUUCCGAUAAUUUCCAACCAAUUACUUUUGGAGGAUAUAAUGGCUCCUUCCUCUAUGCAGAGUGUAUCAUAAGGAAAACUGGAUUAGAUCUAGAGGAAGGUGGGAGUGAAAACUGGUGGAAGGAACAUGAACAAUUUGAGAUGCUGAUACCACCACGUUGCUGGCAGAAAAUAGUGAAGACUUGAAAUGAUUACUGAUGAAUGUAAAAGAGAAAGCGCCAAAGGAUUACCGUUGAACAUCAAGAAGACAAAAGUAAUGACUACUGAAGAAUUACACAAUUUUAAAGUUGACAAUGAGGACAUUGAAAUUGCUCACGAUUUUCUAUUCCUUGGCUCAAUCAUCAACCAAAAGGGAGACUGCAAUGAAGAAAUCAGAAGAAGAUUGAGACUUGGAAGAGCAGCUGUGAGGGAGCUAAAUAAGAUCCUUAAAGAUAAAGAUGUCUCUCUGGGAUCCAAGAUCAAGAUAAUCCAAACUAUGGAAUUCCCCAUUACUAUGUAUGGAUGUGGGACGGUGAAGAAAGUUGACAGAAAGAAAAUUGUUUCAUUUGAAAUGUGGUGCUGGAGGAGAAUUUUGCAGGUACCAUGGACUGCCAAAAAUACAAAUAAGGAUAGAAAGAGGCACAAACUGAAAUUUGUGCCUCCAAAUGAUAAACAGGAGGCACAAGCUGGAAUUUGUCCUCUGUUAGAGUGCCGGUCCGUCCAGCCCAUCAGUGGCUCCUCUGACUUCCAACGAGGCAUCUGUCUCUUUCCACAGCAGACCAAAGUUCCCUUGAGGUCCUUCUGCCCGGAGAAACCAAGGAGCAAGCCUGAGAGGAGAAGGAACCCAAGGAGUAGGAAAUGGCUGGAUGUUUCCUGUGCUUGCUGUAUCCUGGAAUGUGAUUCUUCUCUCUUCCCCCACGCCAUGUGCUUCUGCACUGCAUAUCUGGAGGAGGAUGCAAAGUUACUGAGCAUCUUGAACUUCAGUGGCAGAGCUCUUCGUGAAAAGAAUCCAGUCCCCAAGCAAGGAAGACAAACUGGCUGAGCAGGUGCUUUGGUGGAGCAGGUGGGACUGGUCUGGUCAUCCAAAAGGCACAGACGAGAGAGAGAGAUUGGCAGAAGAGGGACACUCUCAAGAAGGCCAGAGGUCCCUGGAUCUUGGGCAGAGUCAUGGGAAGUACCGCAAGCAGAGAAGACUUCGAAUGGGUCUACACGGAUCAACCUCACACGGAGAGAAGGAAAGAGAUCCUGGCCAAAUAUCCCGAGAUAAAGAAGUUGAUGGGCCCUGACUCCAACUUCAAAUGGGUGGUGACCCUCAUGGUUCUGUCUCAGCUGGUAGCUUGCUACCUGGUGAAAGACUUGCCAUGGAAGUGGGUCUUCUUCUGGGCCUUCGUUUUUGGGAGCUACGUCAACCACGCCAUGACCCUGGCCAUCCAUGACAUUUCUCACAAUGUGGCCUUUGGCAACAAGAAAGCCAUAUGGAACCGCUACUUCGGUAUGUUUGCCAAUCUGCCUAUCGGCAUCCCAGUCGCCUCUUCUUUCAAGAAGUACCACGUUGACCACCACCGUUACCUGGGUGGGGAUGGGUUGGAUACAGACGUCCCCACCAGUCUGGAGUGCCGCCUCUUCAACACUCCCCUGAGAAGGUUUCUCUGGCUCUUCCUGCAGCCAAUAUUCUAUGGCUUGAGACCUUUCUGCGUGAGUCCCAAGCCAAUCACCCAAAUGGAACUCAUCAACUUUGUUGUCCAGUUGACCUAUGAUCUUCUCAUCUAUAACUUUAUGGGAGUCAAAUCUGUGGCCUAUAUGCUUGCUGGCACCCUUCUGACCACCGGCUUCAACCUCGUCACAGGCCACUUUAUCGCGGAGCACUACAUGUACGCCAAAGGUUAUGACACCGUCUCCUAUUACGGGCCUUUGAACUGGAUUACCUUCAAUGUGGGUUACCAUAUGGAACAUCAUGAUUUCCCCAGCAUCCCAGGAAGCAAACUACCACUGGUGAAGAAGAUUGCCCCUGAAUAUUACAACAACCUUCCCUAUCACUUCUCCUGGGGCAUUGUUCUUUGGGACUUUGUCUUCAAACAGGAGCUGGGGCUUUUCGCCCGCGUCAAGAGAAAAUACAAGACCAGGGACAACUUGUGAAACAGGAAGAUGUCGAGGGCUGUCCUUCUUCCCACCUUGCAAACGCUUCAGUUCUGAACACACACACACACACACAUCUGACACGUUGUCAGAGAGGCGGAGGAGAGGGAAGAACUAUUAACACAUCUCUUGAAACUAAAUCAAAUGACUUUUUUUUUAGAAAAAAGGAUGAGCCUCAAAGUUUCUUAGAUACGAUGGCCCAAAUGACUUGGGCAAUGGUUAGAAGCCCAUUUUAGUUUCAGUAGGACAUUCUGCUCAGUAAAUCCAACAAAAUGGCGGCAGUAGCUUGAGAAUUGCCCUGGGUUCAUUUAUCCAUACCAGACAAUGGUCAGUGAAUGUGCGGGUCAUGCAGAAGGAGAAACCUUUCAAAGCAUGCCCUCAGAGGCACAGAAUACUCCAUAUGGAGCAGCAGAAAUGAGGAAAUAUACCCCCACACUGGUUUUGCUUAGGGAAAAUGGCUUUGGGGGAGGCAAGAGCCCUCCCUCCCCCUGUGGUGGCAUUCCAAGCCCAUUUGGGCUUUCUUUUUUAAAAAGAAGUAAUGUCCUGCAGCUGCUGUGUGACAGUGGGAGACACAAGUUGGGAGACACAAGUUGACUCUGUGGUGAACUCAUACAAAAGGUAAUGUUUAGUUUGGGUGUCAGUAGACUUCAGUAGAAUUCUGAGUAAACCAGUUUAGGAUUGCUCUGUAAAAGACAUUGACUGAGUUCAGACGUUGUGCAAAACCACGGUUUAAUUAAAUUAAUGGUUAAUAUAAUUGUCUGAAUGUAGGUCACUCUAUUACUUGUGGUUAGUUACAGUCCCAAAUCAGGAUCUUAAGUUGGUUUAUUAAUCACAAUUAAUGUUGACUACGGUUUUGCUUAAUGUUGGAAUGCAAUCUUGGAUUGUCUCUGGCAAAAACAUUUCAGGCUACAGAGAGAAGGCAAUUUUUCAAAGGCAGCUGGGAUAUGAGUGAUCGUCUGGCAUGAAAGACAUCUUCUCAGCAGAGCAUUUGUGACCCUCUAGGGUAGAGAUGUUUGUGUCACCACAGAAGUUUUUUUCUUGUGUCAGCAGACACAUCUCUUCAGCCAGGCCCCCUUGGCACUUGUGUAGCUGAAGAGGGGGAAAUCUGUAAAGCAACCUUUCCUUUCCUAUAUUUGCAGCAAACAAAGUCAUAAAUUAACGUAUGUGUAGUUACAUCGUUCUAAAGGCAUUGACAUCAGUGGGCUUAGAAGAGUGCUUAGAAUUGCACUGUAAAUGGCAGAGAGUGGAAUGGGACAGAACAUGCGCUGAGGCGGGUGCUCAGUCUGUCUUUUGGCCGUGCUGAGCCUGACUGGCCUUCUAGCUCAGGAGGAAGGAGGUUAGUUUGUUGUAGCAAAAAUAAACUAGAGUCUUCGGCACCUUCAGUCUUUCCCCCCCAGUGUAAGAUUUUGUGGGCUGGAGCUCACUUCGCCAGAUGCAUCUAUCAAAAUGGGCUCUGCUCCACAGAAGUGUGUGCCAACAUGAAAUCUUGUUAGUCGAAGGUGCUGCAAGACUCCUGUUUCUGUCCAGUGUGUGUGCCCUUAGGCAGCAUGGGACUGGCGCCUGUUUGUUUUAAACUGGCUUUGCUCCCGUAACCACAAUCCCGAGGCACAUGAAUUUCACAAGCAAAGCUUUUUCUGACCUCCUGUCUCCAUUCUGGAAAAGGCUUCACCUGCUUAAUUUCAGCAUUGCAAGGUUGUUGUUGAAGAUGCAGAACUAGAGACAAUUUAUAAAGCUGUGCUUUCCAUGGUCAUAGAUCCAGAGGAGUUAGCCGUGUUAGUCUGUAGUUGCAAAAUAGUAAAGAGUCCAGUAGCACUUUUAAGACUAACCCACUUUACUGUAGCAUAAGCUGACGAUGCAUCUGACGAAGAGAGCUGUGGUUCUCAAACGCUUAUGCUACAGUAAAGUUGGCUAGUCUUAAAGGUGCUACUGGACUCUUUACUAUUUUAUAAUGCUGGCAACUGUAGGACUGGACCAGAUUAAGACUAUGGGGGGGGGGUUUAAAACAUAGUAACCCCUGCCCCCAAGAAAUCAUACGAGGUGCUCACUUGCAAAGGCCUCCCUUGAGGAAGCUGAUACACAAUAACAUUCGAUAAUAAUAACAUUUGAUGUAUAUACCGCCCUUCAGGAUGACUUAACACCCACUCAGAGCGGUUUACAAAGUAUGUUAUCAUUAUCCCCACAACAAAUCACACUGUGAGGUGGGUGGGGCUGAGAGAGCUCUGAGAAAGCUGUGACUGGCCCAAGGUCACCUAGCUGGCUACAAGUGGAGGAGUGGGGAAUCAAACCCAGUUCUUCAGAUUAGAGUCCUGUGCUCUUAACCACUACACCAAACUGGCUCUCAGCAGCUUCCCAUUCAGCGACUCACAACCUGAAUGCACCCAUGUUUCAGUCAGACAGUGAGUGCGUUGCACAAUGGUUACAGUAGUGCACAACUGAGGAGCUGACUUGAGAAAGUGAACCAAUUGGCACAUUGCAGGCAAACCCUGCCAGGCUCCCUGGUGAAUCUGACGUGAGCGGAAUUCUGCAGUUUUCCCCAUUUGGUGAUCAGGCAGACACUGAACCAGAUUGAGAGAAUCCGUCAUGGCCGGUUGUCCUAGAGUGCCAAGACGCACCCAGCCCUCCUGCUGCUGCUGUUUGUAGCUCUCAACCAAAAGGGGCUCAGAUCCUAAGGAGGGGGGGUGGGGUGGCGAUGUUGCACCUUCAUGCACAGACAAAGGCACAAGACCUCCCAUGUAAUCCCUCCAGGAUUUACGGGAAGGGAUCGAGGACACUUCGAUGGCCAGCUGCAUGCCAAGAGUUCGUGGGCCUCAAGCAACAUUCUUUGCAGAAGUCAAUGCUUCUCUGCGUGCUGUUGGGAUGGGUACCAUCCUGGCCUCAUUUCCAUUUAUUAUGUUCACUUUUAUAACCAAGCUGCAUUUCAACCUGCUGUGAACAGCUGUGAGGAACUUCUGGUGGAAAGCAGGAAAUAAAUAAAAUAAAAGAUUGAGUGGAGUGUAAAUUAUCUUGGACCUCUUUUCUAUUAUGUGAAUGUAUCGUUGGGUUUGAAUUUUUUUAAAAAAAAUAUUGGCAUGACCGAGCAAAGAAAUACAUUCUCUGCAAGGGCUACUGGGUUCGACGAGGGCCUGACAGGAUUCCGAGCCUCGUGCCAGAAGCUCACUGGAGCCCUUGGAUGAGGCCGUCCCCAACCUUUUUGAGUCUGUGGGCACAUGUUGGGGGUGUUGGAAUAGGCGACUCAGCCUGCCUUUGGACACUGGGGGGCGCUGCAUGUCUCUUUGAAUGUAAUGUAUAAGUCUAGCAAUCUCCCACUCUCUUGUCUAAGGUGGGAACGCCUCCUGACUCCUCCUCUCUUGCCUCUGUGCCUCUUGGGAGAUUUCACACCUUCCCUCAUGCUCUUCCAAGAGAAAAGAUGUGAAGCCACCACGCUCCUCAUGGAGCCCUUCUCUUUGUCCACAAACCCGCACCUACAACCUCGCUGCCUAGUUUCAGGCCGUGGCAUUAGACUAGAGAAUGUAACUCUUUAGAUUAGGAUCUUUUCCUUAUUAUUACCAGAAGAUAUUGCUAUGGAAGAAAUCUGCUACAAUAAACUGUAAGUUCUGUCUUUCUA